AUGGUUCAAAAUCUAAUUAUCGUGCUUGAUGCAAUCAAAAGCCACUGGGACGCCCCCACGACUUCUAUGAUUUCAUCAUCCUUACAGUCAAUCACACUUCCUGUCCUUUUAACAGCACUCCAAGGCUUUAAAAAUGCUUUAAAACUCCAAAACUCCGAAAACACACUGAAAAUUUUUAUCUGUGCAGGCCAAACUGCCUAUAACUCAAUAUCUGAAGACGAAGUCUACGUAAGUGGAGGAGUCUGAAAAGGGGCAGCUCAGGCCUUGUGCUAUAUAAACUCCAGGAAGAUUAAUGCAAGAAUCCUGAUCAUCCAAAAACAUAGCAUUCAAAAUGAACAAAAUGCAGCUUUAAGUGUCAUGGUAGCUGCUCAAAGCUUAAAAGUUAUUAUAGAUGGCAUUGCCUUUAGUGACUGCUCAGUCUUAAGUCAAACAGCUACAUUUACUGGGGGAAUUUAUAUUAGACACCAUUCUACAGGAAUUUUACAAAUUUUGCUUCAAGUGUUUCUGCCUACUCGUAGGCCGACAUCUUCAACAUUUUUGCAUUUGAGGCCGUAUUGUACGUGCUGCAGUAGAGAAGUAGAAAAAGCUUAUGUGUGUUCAUGCUGUUUAGCGUUGUAUUGCUCAUUUUCUAAUACGUGCCAAGUAUGCAAUUCAAGACUUUUGGUGCCGAGAGAUAUAUUGAUAAAUCAAACAAAGUCUAAAUAA